AUGCAGGACUGCGGCAAGAUUGUAGCUUCCAAAUUCUUUCCCGUACCAGAAAAGCCUCCAGGCCAAUAUCCGUUGUGCGAAACCGACUAUUUCCGACGCCUCGAUUUGUUGUGUUUUGAAUGCGGGCAAGCCCUCCGCGGCUCUUACAUCACCGCGCUAGACCGGAAAUACCACAUCGAGCAUUUCACGUGCUCAGUAUGCCCGACCGUCUUCGGUGCAUCAGACAGCUACUAUGAGCAUGAAGGCAGCGUAUACUGCCACUAUCAUUACUCGACCAAGUUUGCCCAGCGGUGCAACGGCUGUCAAACGUCGAUUCUCAAGCAAUUCGUCGAAAUUUAUCGCAAUGGACAGAAUCAACAUUGGCAUCCCGAAUGCUAUAUGAUACACAAGUACUGGAAUGUCCGACUGCACUCGACUGGACAACCUGUCAUUGAACACAUGCACAUUAGCGAAAGCGAUGCGACCGACGAGGUUCGGGAGACCGUGCGCCAACAGGAAGAAGAGAUCGAGGCCAAGGUCAACUGGAUUUGGAAAACACUCUCCGCCUUCGAAGAGAAAUCGGCCACGUGCAUUUCCGACAUGCUGCUCCACGUCAGCAAUGGCGCCUACGUUGACGGCGUCAUGGCAGCCAAAAAGUUCAUUGUGCAUGUGGAGCUCUUAUUUGCAGCCGCAGACGAACUCGACGCGCAAUUGGUCCAACGCACACCCAAAGGCCUGACAUACUCGCGCGAGUCCAAGUUGCUCUGUAAGAAAGUGGUAGCUUUCUUUGCGCUCCUUACACAAUCCCAGGGAACCGGCGUCCGGCGACUCGGCGUCACUCAGGAACUUCUCUCUCUUGUUACUGGGCUGGCCCACUACUUGAAGCUCCUCAUUCGGAUAUGUCUCCAAGGAUCGCUCAAGCUCGAGCGUGAGACCCGAUCUUCGAGCGGCCUCACCCAAUUCCUCACCCAGGUCAACAGCCUCGACACACGUUUGGAAGAAGAGGCUGGAAGGGACCAGGCUGCAGAAGCCGCAAUCCUGGUACCAAGAUGGGCAGACGCCUGUCCCAUUUGCGACGCUCAGGUCGAAGACAAAUGUGUCCACCUGAACGACAUGUCCUUCAACUACAGCUGUAUGAUGUGCCGCGGAUGUAAUGCUGAUCUCCGCCGCGACGUACGGAAUGCAUACUGGAGUAAGUCCCAGCAGAGAGUCUUCUGUCCAGCUUGUGCUGCGGCCCAAGCAGAUGCCGAGAAGGGAUUUGAGCACGUCACCAAGCUGCGGCAGUACGUCCAUCUAUUGAAGGUGGCCCAUGCCCGCUUGAUGGCAACACUGCGCUCCAGUGGAGGAUAUGAUUCAUCCCAGGGACACCGUCUUGGAGACACGGGAUCUGAUCUACCGGUUCCACGCUUGCAGCAAGACGCGCGCUCAAAAUCGUAUGGAGGCGUUUCGACCAACGAAGGUCAGAGGGACAACUCGGCGUAUGAACAAUCCAUGUCCGACAUCAAGCGGCUCCGCUCCACACGUCUUGAUAAGCAUUUAUCAAACACAAUGAAGCGCGCACGCGCUUCCAGAAUCAUUGACGGACCGGAUGGCAUUCAGGCUGGUGGCGAUGCUCAAAUGAGAGGCGGCAUGCAAAUCGUCCAAGAACGUGAAAUGCAGAACGACCCUGACAACACCACACUGAAUGUCAACUCCCUUGCUCUAGACGACAUUGCUCGCAUGGCGGCUUUGGAGCAGCAGCGAGAGCAGCGGCCGAAUGCUUUCCGGGCUGGUGGAAGCGCUCUCCUGGGUGAAAAUGACCAGCCUCGAUUACGAAACGGUCACAGACGGGACUUUUCCGGCGGCCAGGAAUUACAAAACAUGGCUGACGGUCGAUCACGAACCUACUUUUCGGAGCUAUCACCGCUCGAGUACUUCAAGCUGAAAGGCCUAGCUGUACUUCAGCUAGGGUUGCUCCUAGAUGACAACCAGUACAACCAGGGAGAGCUCUUGGACCUCAUCGAAUCAAAGAAGAAUAACUUCUGGGGAAAGAUUGGCUUUGGGAAGGCGAAGAGCAAGCCAAAGAAGACCGUUGUGGGCGCAGAGAAGCCAGUCACGGACAAGGCCACGUUCAGGCAAUCUCUGGAAUAUUUGGUUGAGAAGUUUGGCGCCGACUGCACUGAAGGUGUUGGGCCUGGUGCAUUGAAGGUCCCAGCGCUGCUUGAAAAUGCCAUCACUGCAAUGAGAAGUAUGGACAUGUCUAUUGAAGGCGUGUUUCGUAAGAAUGGAAACCUCAAGGCUCUUCGUGAACUCGAGGAAGAAGUUGAUGCGAAGGGUGUUGAGCAAGUCGACCUGAACUCGAAGAAUCCUGUCAUUCUCGCCAACUUGCUGAAGAGGUUCCUUCGGCUCAUGCCAGAUCCUGUGUUAACAUUGAAGCUGUACCGGCUUUUCAUGGUCGCUAACGACAUCGAAGACGAGGAGCAGAGGAAGAAAGUCCUGCACUUGGUCCUAUGUUUGUUACCAAAAGCGCAUCGCGAUACAAUGGAAGUGCUCUUCCGCUUCUUGAACUGGGUGUCUUCUUUCCACACUGUCGAUGAAGAGACAGGUAAUAAGAUGGACACCUGGAACAUUGCUACUGUUAUGGCUCCAAACAUUCUGCGAGAGAGCAACGACAAGGAGAUGCGGAAUGUAGACCAGGGCGCAGUCAAGGUCGUGUUCGAUCUCAUUGAGAACAAUGACGAGUUCUCUGAGGUCCCACCGGAGAUUAUGGAACUACUCAAUGAUGACACGUCAUCUGACAUGUCUGCAAAAGAGAUAAUGCGACAGUGGGAGGAACGGGGCAAAAACCCUAUUUUGGCCCCCACGGCCUCACCAAGGAACCAAGGUCCUGCUGCUUCCAAAAAGGAUCAGCGGAAUGCCCCACAAAUCACUCCAGCAAACAGCAACCCUCAACCAUACGCUGGUGAGGCUUCGGUCCGUCACGUCGGCCCUGGAAUGGCAAAUUCGAAUGCCAAUAAUUCACCACAACCACAAGACAUGACAUCUCCGGACCCGCAAUUUAGGCGAAAUGAAGACGGCUCGGCACGGAGUCGAACUGCUUCGCCCCAUCGACACAGCUACCGGUCACCCGCAUAUCAGAAGCAGACACAGAUCGGCACUGCUGGCGCAGGGUGAUCGAGUAAUACCUAAAUUGGCGUACCGGCGCAUGGACAGCAAUUCACUUCUCAAUGAUAGCGAAAAGUUGCGCUUGGGAUGCAUCUACCAUCCUGGCUGGGCGAACAGGCGUCGUUUUACAUUCAUCGGACAUUUGGUUCACGGUCCCGCCAUCCACGGAUUGGCUUCAUUCACUUCACAAGGCACGCCCUGCAGCUCGUGGUUUUGCUUUACCACCCCAGAUCAUAGCAUCGUCAGCGGCGUUUUGGGUUUGGCAUGUUUGCCAUUCAUAAUCUUGACACACCUUGUUGCAGCUUUGGAGAACAGGCUCUUGUAUGGAAGAGAAUCACGGCGGGAGAGUUGAGACGGAGCCGCAGCGCCGUGGUCUGGUAUUUUAUUGGAGGUGUGACUAUCACAUCAGCGCGAUGUGAUGGUGCUGAGCGAGGAGGAUUGUGGAUAGCAAAGAGCUUGUUGGCUUAAAAGUUGGGAUCAAAUCCAGAAUUGAAGGCGCCGGUGAGGCUUGCCACUGAUCGUAA